AUGCAUUUUACUGCUCUUCUUGGGGAUAACGGUGGAAUCAGCAAAUCUAUUAUUACCACACUUAAUAAUACAGGGUAUAUUCCUUGUUUCAUCGCUCGCAUACUUUGUUCUUUACGCUUGGAGCUAUUUCUACGGCGAUUUAUACAAAUAUAAAAAAACCUUCGAUAUAUCAGCCUUGCUAGAACGUAUGUGGUUAGCAACGUUAUUAUUACUUCUUGCUGCUUUUCAAUUUCGAAUAUUGUUUAUUGUAAUCAAAUGCUAUCUUUACUUACAAGUAAACUGUUUAUUUUUAUUUAUUUUUAGUUAUUAUAAGUAA